UCCUGUUUGCACCCCUCCCCUCCGGAAUCCUGAUACGUGGCUGUUUGGGAAAGCCGUGAUGGUGACCCACAGUCUCCUGUGCUGCAGCUAGCGGAUCCCUGUCCGGCCCGCAGCAGCUGGGAGCGAGGGGGGGAAAUCAGCGGCGCAAGCCUGACUUCAUCAAGUCGGCCUGGAUGGCAGGGACACACUGGUGCAAGGACUGUCCAAAUCACAAGCGUUACUGGUUACCGGUGUCUUUUGGACCGUGGGACGGAUGAAAGGUGGAAGCUGUGGGAAGCCCAGCUGGGCUGUAGCUCCUCUGAUUAUCCCAGUUACACUGCUGAUGCUGACCUUAAGGGGGGCAUUGAGCAGCCAGAAGAUGACACAAACAGCGAUGGGUCAUGCAACAGCAACGGCUGCAGGACCAGGCCACAGUCUGAUAGAUGACCUCCCAGGCCUUCGGGCGGUAGCAGACUUCUUAUCCAGUGAGAACGCUGAUGUGUGGCUCCUGUCCCUGGUGGGCUCUGUUGCUGUAGGCCUCAGUGGGAUUUUCCCACUUCUUGUCAUUCCUAUUGAAGCAGGAGCAGCACUCAAAACGGAAGCUGGGUGCCAGAAGCUGAAGCAGCUCUUGAGCUUUGCUAUUGGUGGUCUCCUCGGAGACGUGUUCCUUCACCUCCUUCCAGAGGCGUGGGCCUCAGGCUCUUCAGGCUCUUCAGCUGGUAAACAAAACCACUACAAGACCCAGGGCCUCUGGGUAAUCGUUGGCCUGCUGGCUUUCCUGCUCUUAGAGAAGUUGUUCCCAGACCAAGACAGCCAAGAGGAUCCCACUUCACAGUCUGACCUGAACUUCAACACUCCAACACAGACUAAUGCAGCUCUCAGUGGAAAGCCAGUGGUAACACUCAGAAAUGGGCACCAUGCAGAGUCAUGGAAAUCCUCCAAGCAACAGGAACAGGAAAGAUCAGAGAAAAUCAAGACCAGUGGAUACCUAAACCUGCUGGCCAACUGCAUUGACAACUUCACCCAUGGACUGGCUGUAGCUGGGAGUUUCCUUGUUAGCAAAAAGGUUGGAUUCCUCACAACAUUUGCCAUCCUGCUCCAUGAAAUCCCCCACGAGGUGGGAGACUUUGCCAUUCUGCUGAGGGCCGGGUUUGACCGCUGGAGUGCUGCUCGCAUGCAGCUGGCCACAGCCCUGGUCGGGGUCCUGGGAGCUUGCUUUGCUCUGUGUGCUCAGUCACCGCAAGGCACAGAAAACGCCACCGCGUGGAUAUUACCUUUCACUUCUGGAGGUUUCCUCUACAUCGCCUUGGUGAACGUGGUGCCAGACCUGCUGGAGGAGUCCAGUUUGAAGCACUCCCUCCUGCAGAUCCUACUCAUCUUCUGUGGUGUGGCUGUCAUGGCUCUGCUCUCUGCCAUCGUUGACUGCACAUAGAGGAACAGCACCAAAAACUCUCUCGCCUUAGCAAAUACUUUUACCCAGCAUGAGAUUAAAUCCUGUUCUUCCCCUGCAAGCCUGGUCCCUCUCAUUCAGAAAAAUGUGUCUUGCUUCAGCGAUCAGACACCUCUGUGAUAUCAUUGCCAUCAUGUUACAACAGAGCAAAAAUGGGACAAAAGACCGGCACUUUAUGGAUGGAUAAGUGAUCUGCUGACGGGACAUUUGUGUGAACACUUUAAGAUGUGCCAUACAUAAACAACCGAGGGGAUUCAGAGGGUUUGUAUGGAUUUCUAUUACCAAAUUGUCUUAAAUUGUUGGUUGGACAAUCAUGUUAUUUUGCACAUACAUUUACACAGGUACACCUGAUGUACCUGAUCUACACAAAGGUAUUAUAGGACCCCUUCAAAGAACCUCCUCUUUAAAGUGUUUAAUCCUAAAUUCUUGUAUUGUUACUGUUGUCUUCUGUUUCCCUUGUAGAUGCUGCAUAUUUAUUUAAAGUUAGACAAGCGAGAUACAGCUUUAUCAGCGCCCUUCACCAACACUUCAUCCUUUUGUCUUGUUACGAGGAAGUCAGGAUGGUUUGUUACACGAGUGUCAGGACUAAACCAAAGUACUUUUUGUUUGUCUGUAUCAAAUUCACACAGAACAGUCUGCACCUUUUUCCAAGUUGGUGCUCACGAAGAAGUCAGCCUGAAUAUGUGUUUUAAAGUGUUUCUAAUAAAUUGAAAGAGAUUUAUACUAUUAA